ACUUAAAGUCAGAAUACAAGUUGAACUUUUCUACUAGGUUCAUUGUUGUUGCUGAUUGCUUUUUGAUAUUCAUCCUAAGCAAAUCAAACCAACCUCUGUUGGAACCUUUUCUACAUAUUUCUUCUCACUCCAUUUCAUUUCAUCUGAAGCCAUAACCAGAAGGUUUAAUCCCCCCAAUUUUAGGUUAUUUUUAAGCUUUUCCAUUUGCAUAAAAAUGGCAAGUGGAGUAGUUCUGUUAGAUUACUGGCCUAGUCCUUUUGGGACGAGGACGAGAAUCGCCCUAGCGGAGAAGGGGAUCGACUACGAACGGAAGAACGAGGACAUGGACAACAAAAGUCCUCUGCUUAAGAAGAUGAACCCAAUCCAUGCAAGAAUUCCAGUCUUGAUUCAUAACGGUAAACCAAUUUGUGAAUCCAACAUAAUAAUACAAUACAUCGAUGAGGUUUGGAAGGACAAACCUCCUUUGCUUCCCUCUGAUCCUUACCUCAUAGCAAAGGCAAGGUUCUGGACCAACUUCAUUGACACUAAGGUACAUGGAUCUAGUAGGAAGAUAUGGUUGAGCAAAGGAGAGGAGCUUGAAACAGGAAAGAAAGAAUUGGUGGAAUGGGCCAAGUUGUUGGAGGGAGAGCUUGGUGAGAAGCCUUAUUUUGGGGGAGAGACAUUUGGGUUUGUGGAUAUUGCUCUUGUACCCUUUUAUAAUUGGUUUAUGAUAUUCAAGUCCUUUGCAAACUUGAGCUUUGAAGCAGAGUGUCCCAAGUUAGUGGCAUGGGGCAAGAGGUGCAUGGAGAGAGGAAGUGUGUCCGAGUCUCUUCCUGAUCGGCAACAUAUCUAUGAUGCCCACUUGGAGUACACAAAAAGGUUGGGAAUAUAGUUCAGAAGCUUGGGGGAUUUGAAUAAGCAGAUGAUCCAGUAUGGUAAAUAGCAUAGAUUAAAGUUUGUACACUUGUGUUUAUUAUAAUUUGGUUUGUGUUACAGUGUAUGCAGAUUUUGCUUACUAAUGUAUGCUUGUGUAUAAGAUAUGAUUUUUUUUUUUUUUUACACAUUA